AUGAGUGCAGCGGUGCGACCAGCAGCUGCCGUCUUGCGCAGAGCACGCCAUGUGCCCGUAUCACAAUGUCUCGCCCGCCGGUGGCAGACAUCCGCCGCAAAGCGCGCAAGCUACGACGAGAUGCUCGACCUGAUGGAGAAAGAGUAUCCUGACCUUAACAAGCCUCGCGACCAUCCUCCUCGUACACCCGAGUCCUCACAGCCCGAACAACCCGCCCGACAGCAGUAUGACCAACAAACUGUCCAACAGCAGUACGAACAACAAGAUGUCCAACAGCAGACCCGUCAACGGGGCCCUCACACUGCAUUCCGCACUCUCCACCAACCAGGUACUGCUUCUCAGCCAACCCAAGAAUCCUCGAAUCCAAGGACCAAGACGGCUGGCAGAGAGAAUGCUCGUUCACCACCCCGAUUCAAGCCCACAAAAGAGACGCUGCCUGAGUCACAAAGAAGGACUGCUACCGACGGGUACAAGCCUCGUCGCGUACCGCCUCCAGUCUACAAAGCCUCUCCUGACCAAGGCGGCAACCACACAUUGCCAGAACAGGCUGCGACACACAGGUCACAAACAUCAAUCGAGCAAUUAGAGCAGUCACGGCCAUUGACUGAGGCAUCAGAGCAGUCACAAGCACCACAGCGUACCCUUGACCCCACUGUACCUGCCCCGGAGACCUCACCGAUCCUUAUUGCAGAGCUCAACCUAGAAUCGAAAGAUACAGAAGCCGAGGAACCUUCAACAACAGCAAGAUUCAAGCCGCGCAAGAUAUCAUCUCCCAUGGUUUCAGAAGCACUACGGAAACCUCCCACUCGAACCAAGCCGACUGCCAGGAUGCCAACUGAGACACCUCUCGCAGAUACCAACUUCAACCCUUUGGAGACUGUUAGCAUCAGGGGCAAGAUUUUCGAUAACAUCUUCCUUCGCGACGCGUGCGCCUGUUCCCAGUGCGUAGACAUAUCAACGCGUCAGAAACGCUUUGACUCUGCCGAUAUUCCUUCCAACAUCAGAAUCAGAUCCUUGGAUUCUGGGUCCGGGCCUGAUAGCGAGACUGUCAUCACCUGGAAACAUGAUGUCCACGGCUUUGGUCCUGAUCAUGUAACUCGACUAUCCAACAAACUCCUCGUACGUUCGACGCUUUAUCCAAAGACUCAUGAAUAUACAGGAGGAAAAUGGGCUUGGAACAAGUCCGUGCUUGAGGAACGCAUGGUCGAUUUCGAAUACAACGAAUACAUGUCGGACGAAAAGGUGCUCUUCCGCAUGCUAGAACAACUUCAAAUGUUUGGCCUGGUAUUCAUCAAGAACCUCCCUGAGGCAGAAUCAUCCGUCAUUCAAACGGCCAACCGCAUCGGGCCUCUCAAGAACACUUUUUACGGCGAGACAUGGGAUGUGCGCAGUGUCUCGAACGCAAAGAACGUUGCUUACACUGAUGUGCAUCUUGGCUUCCACAUGGAUCUGCUCUACAUGCAGCAACCUCCGAGAUUGCAGCUUCUGCAUUGUCUUCGUGCAUCUGAUCAAGGUGGCGUGUCUCUGUUCAGCGAUGCUUACCAAUCUAUGCAAGCAGUCUAUGAUAUGGACCAGGCCGCGUUCGAGGCUCUUUGCGAGACGCCAGUCAACUUUCAUUAUGACAAUGACAAUCACCAUUACUUUCGCAGUCGACGCACGUUCCAACUGCGCGAGGGCAUAAACAAACUGCCUGAGAAGCUGCACGGUGUGUGGAAUUAUAUGGCGGCGGUGAAUUGGGCACCCCCAUUCCAAGCGCCCUUCAACCACACCAAGGGCGAUGUGGCAUUCGCCAGGAGCAUACGAGCAUGGCAUGAAGCGGCGCAAAUCUUUCGAAAUAUGACAGAAAUGAAAGAGAAUAUUUACAGCCGGCAAAUGGCACCUGGUGAGUGUGUGGUCUUUGACAACCGCCGUGUUCUGCAUGCCAGGACAGCAUUUGCUGGUGGCGAAAGAUGGCUUAGAGGCGCUUAUCUGGAUGAUGAUCCGUAUCUGAGCAAGAUGCGAGUGUUGGGGAGGACUUAUGCAAAUAUCAGAAGAAGUGGCAGGGUUCGUCCUACGCCUGCACCUAGUCUUGGUAUAUAA